CCGCCAUUAAAGCCCGGCAGCUUGCUGUUUGGGAAUCGGGAAAAGGAUAAAAAUGAUUUGAAGCGUCAAAGCAGACGGGCGAGGGACGGGACUAGGGGGGGUUCUUGCUCCGCGUCAUAUAUGGACCUACAACUGCCAACUAAACGGCGCACCAAAGAAGUAAAUAUGCGGUUAGUGUCGGCCAAGUGAGAGAAGCCUGAGUUCGGAUUGGAGUGGGUUUCUCUGGUCUGGGGGGGGAGCUCGGGGAAGCUCAGUUUGUUUUGGCUACGCUGGGAAACUGAGGAGUGUAAACACAGCAAAGCAAAGUUUACUGCUUGCUGUGUGAUCUCCUUAAGAGUGGAUCUGCCGAGCGGAGCACCCCUCUGAACAGCACGAAGCCUCCUUCGGUGGCGGUGCGACGAUGACCGAGCUGGUUGCCAAGUGGGCCUGUGAAUACUGCACAUACGAGAACUGGCCAUCAGCCAUCAAGUGCACCAUGUGCCGCGCUCAGAGGCCCAGUGGGGGUGCCAUCAUUACUGAGGAGCCCUUCAAGAGUAGCCCUUCUCUGGAUGCCAGUCUGCACCAAUGGGACCCUGCAGGCCUCAGCAACAGCCCAACCCAGGGGGGCUCUAGCUUACUUAUUUGUCCAGACUCCAGUGCCCGACCCCGUGUCCGCAUUGCUGAUGUACCUGAGACUAGUAGCAAGUGGUCAUGCCACAUGUGCACCUACCUGAACUGGCCUCGGGCCAUCCGUUGCACCCAGUGCCUGUGCCAGAGGCAACAGGCUCAACAACAACAGCAUGGGCAACAUGCAACCCAUCAAGGACAUCAUACCCAGCAGCCACGCAGCCCCACAGAAUCGCCCCAGACCUCAGGCUCUGGAUGCCGCCCUGCUCCCCCGGCCACCACCACAGACCCUUGUGAGGAAUAUAAUGACCGCAACAGGCUCAACACACAUGCACAGCACUGGACCUGCACUGCCUGCACUUACGAGAACUGGGCCAAGGCACUCAAAUGCGUGGUUUGCGACCACCCCAGGCCAAAUAGUCUGCUAGCUGAACCCAUCGAACUGGCAUCAGAGCCUGAGAGCCAACAGCCUUCCUCAAAACUUAAUGAACAGGACAGGGACAACAGGAGGGGUGUUGUUGGGCAUGUGGUUGGGCAAGGAGUUGGGAGUGUGGUAGGUGGGCUGGGGGGUUGUAGCAGCAGCCAGAGGAGAUCACCCCCGACCUCAAAACGGGAGUCAGAGGUGAACAUGGACUUUCAGAGGAUUGAACUGGCAUCAGGGGCUGGGAUUGGAAGCAAAGAGGAGCUGGAGGUGGAUUUCAAAAAACUGAAGCAGAUUAAGAACAGGAUGAGAAGGACUGAUUGGCUGUUCCUCAAUGCCUGUGUUGGUGUUGUGGAAGGCGACCUGGCAGCCGUGGAGGCCUACAAGUCAUCGGGAGGUGACAUCGCACGACAGCUAACAUCAGACGAGGUGCGCUUAUUAAAUCGGCCUUCAGCGUUUGAUGAUGGUUUCACGCUGGUUCACCUCGCCAUCCGCUUCCAGAGACAGGACAUGCUGGCUGUGUUACUAACAGAGGUGUCCCAACAGGCAGCCAAGUGUAUUCCAGCCAUGGUGUGUCCUGAGCUAACGGAGCAGAUCCGUCGUGAGGUGGCGGCCUCUCUUCACCAGCGCAAGGGAGACUUCACCUGCUAUUUCCUUACUGACUUGGUGACCUUCACCCUGCCAGCAGACAUCGAGGACUUGCCUCCCGCGGUUCAGGAAAAACUGUUUGAUGAGGUUCUGGACCGAGACGUACAAAAAGAACUCGAAGAGGAGUCUCCCAUCAUCAACUGGUCCCUGGAGCUCGGCACUAGGUUGGACAGUCGACUGUAUGCCCUGUGGAACCGCACGGCCGGAGACUGUCUCCUCGACUCCGUGCUGCAGGCCACGUGGGGCAUCUACGACAAGGACUCAGUGCUCCGCAAGACCCUCCACGACAGCCUGCACGACUGUUCUCACUGGUUUUACACGCGCUGGAAGGAGUGGGAGUCGUGGUACUCGCAGAGCUUCGGCCUGCAUUUCUCGCUCCGAGAGGAGCAGUGGCAGGAAGACUGGGCUUUCAUCCUUUCCCUGGCCAGUCAGCCAGGAUCCAGCUUGGAGCAGACCCACAUUUUUGUUCUUGCACACAUACUUCGUAGGCCUAUUAUCGUCUACGGAGUGAAGUAUUACAAAAGUUUCCGUGGCGAAACACUCGGGUACACCCGUUUUCAAGGUGUGUACUUGCCCCUUCUGUGGGAGCAGAGUUUCUGCUGGAAGAGCCCCAUCGCUCUGGGCUACACGAGGGGCCACUUCUCAGCGCUGGUGGCCAUGGAGAACGAUGGCUUCGACAAUCGCGGCGCGGGCGCCAACCUCAACACGGACGAUGACGUGACGGUCACUUUCCUGCCGCUGGUCGACAGCGAGAGGAAGCUGCUUCACAUUCACUUCCUCUCAGCGCAGGAAAUGGGUAAUGAAGAGCAACAGGAGAAGCUGCUGCGGGAGUGGUUGGACUGCUGCGUGACUGAGGGCGGGGUCCUGGUGGCUCUUCAGAAAAGCUCCCGCCGCCGCAACCACCCACUCGUCACCCAGAUGGUUGAGAAGUGGCUGGACGGCUACCGGCAGAUCCGCCCCUGCGCCUCUUUGUCUGACGGCGAGGAGGAGGAGGACGACGACGAUGAGUGACAAAACUGAAGCGGGGGGAGGGUAAGAGGGGUCUGCAGGGUGGGCAGCACUCCUCCCCUCCCUCCUCUCUCUUGCAGUUUUUCUUCAUGUUCGUUUUUCCUUUCCUGGCACGGACAAACUGUGAAAGCCUUCAGGAGAGGAGCGAGAACCACAAGCCCCCCACCCACCUUCCACCUCUGACAGAAGACACUGCUGCUCUUCUAGCACAUGCAGGCACUCGGAUUUACACUCACAACACAUUCAACACUUUACACGGACAAACGUGAGACUGGGAGUUUCGGGGAGAGAAUAAAAGGUUUACGAAUGCAAUGAUUUGUUUUGAUUUUCAAAUGUAAAGGAAAAAAGGAGUCUUUAUCCAUAGAUGUAAAUGCAUGUGGUUGUAUAAAAAAAAAGAGUAUAAGGAAAUAUACCAGCAUUGACUCAAAUCAACACUUUAUAUCCAUUCAGUGUGGGCACUGACAAAAGCACACUUCCAAAUUGAUCUUUUUGAUGUUUUUCCAGUUGUAGAAGAGUUGGUUUCUUUGGCAUUUUGUUUUUGAAUGGGCAGGGACAAAGCCAAUAAAUAUCGUUAUCUUUAGACAACCAGAGUGUAAUAAUAAAUUACUUUAAUCCUUAUUAAUAAGCACUGCACAUUUAUUAAAACAUUUCUAUAUAAAUACAGUAUCAUUGCUUGAAUUAAGGUCAUAUAUGAAGCUCUUGAAAAGGGAGAUUUUUCCCUUUAAAAGUUGAAUCUACACUCAUUAAGGUUUAGCACACAAACAUUCAUGUUGGAUCUUUGGUUUACUUUUUUUUUUUUCAGACUGAUUGAACUGAGAAGUCGUGUGUGUGUGUGCGCGCGCGUGUGUGAUUUUUUUUGUCUCUGAACUUACUCUACAUAUUUAUUGUUUGGAAACAUAUUUGAGCUUAUAAGAGCUUUCUGUAUAUUUUUUUCUCCUUUUUUGUGGUUUUGUUAAUUAUUCUCUCAGUCUUGAUGAAGACACGUUGCACAGAAACACUGUUGCUGUGAGGAAAGAACCAAUCAUGACCACCAGUGAAAAGUUUACUUAACGUCGUUGUGUGCGAUCUAGUACCUCAUCUGGAUGCCUAAAAUCUGGUGCUUUUUUGGGGGGUUGGGGCGGGGCGGGGCAGGUGUGGGAGUGAGACACAUUCAAUGUCGACAUAAACCCAGAAGUCACUCUUGUCUCAUCGUUGUUUCCUACUUCCUCUUUGUCCCCUUUCCCCCCCCCUUAUAGCCUUUGUUGUCAUGGUCACCCUCAUGGUACAUGUCAGUUCACCUCCUCUGUAACGCCUGUUUGUUGUCAUUAUGUGAAACCAUCUUAAGUUUUUGAUUAGGAUCGUUGUAAGAGACUGCAACAUAUAAAACCAAAGCUGACAGAAAAAAAAGACAAAAAAACACGAGUUGUCGUUAUUUUUUUUGCUGUGAAUGUUUGCAUUUUGUUUUUCCUUGCCAUUGCGUACUGUAACCUCUUUCGUGUUUCAUUCAAGUCAUACACGUUUUUGAGCAUCACCUGUAUGUUGCUUUGUAUUUAUGCAAUAGUUGCAGUUGUGACUAUGAUGGUUUGUGGAUUUAGGCCUGAAUUCACUAUACAGAGUGUAACGCAAAGAACAGGCAAAAUAAGGAAAAAAUAAAAUAAAGGAAAACCUUUUUGAA